AUGACAGAACCAAUGCAAAAGAAGGUAAAGGUCCCGGAAGGGAACUCUUUAGAACAACUAAAAGCAACAAAUACAGUUGUUGUCGCUGAUACUGGCGAUUUCGAAUCAAUUGCUAGAUUUACUCCUCAAGAUGCUACGACAAACCCAUCAUUGAUUUUAGCUGCUGCCAAGAAAGAUGAUUACAAGCAGUUGAUUGAAAACGCAAUUGCUUACGCAAAGGAAAAGGGCGGUAGUAUAGAACAGCAAACGGAAGCUGCUAUCGAUAAAUUACUAGUUGAAUUUGGUAGAGCAAUCCUAAAUGUUGUGCCUGGUAGAGUUUCCACAGAAGUUGAUGCCCGUCUAUCUUUUGACAAGGACGCUACUGUUAAGAAGGCUUUGGAAAUCAUCGAGCUCUACGAAAAAGAAGGUAUUUCACGUGAACGUGUGCUGAUCAAAAUUGCCUCUACUUGGGAAGGUAUUCAAGCAGCUAAGGAGUUAGAAAGUAAACAUGACAUCCAUGUUAACUUGACCCUUUUAUUCUCUUUUGUUCAGGCUGUUGCCGCAGCAGAGGCAAACGUGACCUUGAUCUCACCAUUUGUGGGACGUAUUCUUGACUGGUACAAGGCUUCAACUGGGGAAACCUACACGGCCGAGACUGACCCAGGUGUCAUAUCCGUAAAGCGUAUUUACAACUACUACAAGAAACACGGUUACAAGACUAUUGUUAUGGGUGCAUCCUUCCGUAAUACCGGAGAGAUUCGCGCAUUGGCUGGAGUUGACUUUUUGACAAUUUCUCCUGCUUUGUUGGACGAACUCAUCACUUCCGUUGAACCUGUUCCUCGCAUUUUGGACCCAGAGUCUGCCGCUGCUAAGGGUGACGAGAAAGUGUCUUACCUAAAUGAUGAAUCUAACUUUAGACUUCACUUAAACGAUGACGCAAUGGCUACUGAAAAACUUUCAGAGGGUAUUCGUAAGUUCUCCGCGGAUAUUGUCACUUUAUAUGAGUUGGUUGGCGCCAAGCUCCGUAACUCAGAUGCAUAG